AUGAGACAAGUCGAGGAUUUCUCGCCUGAGUGGUGGGACCUCGUGACAACCUCCACCUGGUUCAGGGACUAUUGGGUCAGCCAGCACCAAGGAGACGAUAUUUUUGGUGAGAUUGAUGUUGAUGUUGAUGGUUACAACGUUGUCGGUUUGUUGCCUGAUAACAUUGAUCUCGAUGUUGAUGAGGAUAUUCUGAAUAUGGAAGCUCAGUUUGAGGAGUUCCUUCAGUCGAACGAGGCUGGAUAUGGUGGGAAGGCGUUUGGAGGAGCUGCGGGAUUUGGUUUUGGGAAGAACCCUGGUGCAAUAAUCAAGAGUCUCAACAUGCAUAGAGGCCCUCCAAGGGAACCGAUUAGGCGCUUUGAGAAACCGGCCAAGCAUGUGAGCCCGAAACCAAGCCCUCGUUUUAUUCAGCAGCCCCGUUGA